UGUUUCUCUUUGAUAAAGAAGCCCUGCCUUAAGGCUCUGGCUUUUACUCUCCCUAGGGUUAGACGGAACAGCCCUCCCACCCCCCCUCGGCAAUUUAGAGUGAUUGGUAAACAUACCCGAUCCUCGCAGCAACAAACAUGAUAAAAUUCGUUCUGGACUGCCUCCUGCUCCUGCCCUUACUGCUCGUCUUCAUCUUAGAAUCUCUCCUGAAGUCUUUUAUUCCUAAGAAGAGGAAGUCAGUCACUGGAGAAAUCGUCCUGAUUACGGGAGCUGGGCAUGGAAUCGGGAGACUGACGGCCUAUGAAUUUGCCAAACUUAAAAGCAAACUGGUCCUGUGGGAUAUAAAUAAGCAUGGAAUUGAGGAAACAGCUGCUGAAUGCAGGAAACUGGGUGCACAAGCGCAUGCCUUUGUGGUAGACUGCAGCAACCGGGAAGAUAUUUACAGUUCGGCAAAGAAGGUGAAGACAGAAGUAGGAGAUGUUAGCAUUCUGGUAAAUAAUGCUGGUGUGGUCUAUACAUCAGAUUUGUUUGCUACACAAGACCCUCAGAUUGAAAAGACUUUUGAAGUUAAUGUACUUGCACAUUUCUGGACCACCAAGGCAUUUCUUCCAGCGAUGAUGAGGAAUAAUCAUGGCCAUAUUGUCACUGUGGCUUCAGCAGCUGGGCAUACUACAGUUCCCUUUUUAAUGGCUUAUUGUUCCAGCAAGUUUGCUGCUGUGGGAUUUCACAGAGCUUUGACUGAAGAACUGGUGGCCUUAGGAAGAACUGGAGUCAAAACAUCAUGUCUCUGCCCUAAUUUCAUAAACACUGGCUUCAUCAAAAACCCAAGUACCAGUUUGGGACCCACCCUGGAACCUGAGGAAGUGGUGAGCAAGCUGAUGAAGGGAGUCCUGACUAACCAGAAAAUGAUUUUUGUUCCAUCUUCUAUAAGCGCUAUGACAGUGGUGGAAAGGAUCUUUCCUGAGCGUUUCCUGGCAGUUUUAAAACGGAAGAUCAAUGUUAGGUUUGACGCAGUUAUUGGAUAUAAAAGUAAAGGAGAAUAAGUACUUGGUUUUUUGGAAAUUGAUUUACCAGGUUUAAGUUGAUUCCAUCCAAUGUUAAUUAGAAUUUUAAUGUUUGAACUUCUGCUUUUAUCUUUUUUUCCCCUUCAAUAUCACCUUUUGAGGCUCUGGCAGUCCUCAUUUAUUAUCACUGUUCUUUAGCUGAAGGCUAAUUUCAUAUAAUACAAAGAGAAAAAUACCUGAGCAAUUGCCUUAUGGAAAAUGGAGAAAAAAGAACAAAAGCAGUUUUACAAUAAUUUCUAAGAUUACGUGGCUCAUGUGAAGUUUUGCAAAAUUUGUACUAUAAAUGCUUAAGAUACAUUUUAUUUUUAAUUACACUUAAAUUUUAUAUAAUUCACGUGUUUCUUUUCCCUAUUGUACAUAAAAUGGAAAUUUCAAGCUCUUUAAAUAUAAUGAAGGACUAUAUCUAGUAGCAUUUCAUAAGGAAUUUUUACGUGAUGUAAGAAAUGUUCAAACAUUUCAUCUUAUACAUCACCACUGUUUCCUGAGAGAUACCUCAUAUUUCAAUGACAAACAUUUCAGUACAGGGAAACUGGAGGUGGACACAUGUUGCAAAUAAAAAAAAAACAUCAUUGGGAUUUCAGGUAGAGAAAUGUAAGGAUGUACCCAUAAGUGACAAAAUAAUAAAUGGAUCAAACUUAAA